AUGUCACCCAAGCUAUUGAAAGUAAUAGUUGUUGGCGAUUCUGGCGUUGGGAAAACUUCCCUCAUGCACCAGUUUGUCAACAAUAAAUUCUCCCAACAGUAUAAAGCCACCAUUGGAGCUGAUUUUCUAACAAAGGAGAUAACAUUGGACGGGGGCAAAAAGGUGACGUUGCAAAUUUGGGACACUGCUGGUCAAGAAAGGUUCCAAAGUUUAGGUGUUGCUUUUUACAGAGGUGCAGAUUGUUGCGUGUUAUGUUUUGAUGUUACCAAUGAAAAGUCUUUAAACAAUUUGACUAGUUGGAAAGAUGAAUUUUUGGUGCAACUGAAUGUAUCGAACCCUCAAGAUUUCCCAUUCAUCAUAAUUGGUAACAAGAUUGAUGUUGAUGACUCAAAAAAGAUUCCAAGUUUGCAAAAGAAAUUACACAAUAUAACUCAUAAUCAGUUGGGAGGAUUGAAUCAUCCAGUAUUUGAGACAAGUGCAAAAGAUGGUGUUAAUGUCGAAAGUGCGUUUGAGGUUGUUGCAAAGAUGGCUUUGCAACAGGAGGAGCUCAAUUCGGCUAAUGAUGUAAAUGAUGACUACAAUGAUGCAAUUAAUAUUCACUUGGAGUCUGAUUCAAGUUCUUGUGCUUGCUAA